AUGGGUGAAGAAACAAACAAUAUUACAGAAAACGCAAGUACUUCAUUUACUGCGGUUCAAGCCACAUUCACAAUCGAUGGUUUUGAUCCUAAGAGACAUCGUUGGAACCGAUGGAUUCAACGAAUGGAAGGUUCAUUCCAAGUGUUUGGAAUUGGUGAAGAUUUACAAGUACAAUAUCUACUACACUAUAUCGGUAUGGAAGCAUACGAUAUACUAUGCGACAAAAUUGAACCCGGUAACCCAGCUAAAAAAAGUUAUGAGGAAUUCGUUACUAUUAUGCGCGAACACUAUGAGCCAGCACCAUUAGAGAUUAUGGAGAACUACAGGUUCAGACUGAGAACUCAAAAAGAAGGCGAAUCAAUUCAAGAAUUUGUGGCAGCAUUACAACGCCUGUCAAUAAAUUGUAAGUUCGGGCCAUAUCUAUCAACGGCAUUGAGGAAUCAAUUUGUUUUUGGCCUACAAAAACCCCAAAUUCAAUCGAGACUUUUGGAAACUGCCGAUCUCACUUGGGCGAAGGCAGUGGAAAAGGCGUCGGCUAUGGAGAUGUCUAUGAAUGAUGCAGCUCAACUACAUAAAUCUAAUACGACAACAGAUAAAAUUGCGAAACUGGACAAUGCAGGUAACAGAAGAACUUCAUUUAGUAAUAAGUAUAAUAAUUAUUGUAAAUCUAAAGUGGAUAACAAAAACAAACCUGCUGUAAAAACUAAAGAUAAGCUUAAAUGUUUCCGUUGUGGUUCAGAUAAACAUUUAGCUAACACUUGUGAUAAAAAAAAUGAAAUUUGUGGUCAUUGUUCUAAGGUAGGACAUUUAAAAAGUGUUUGA